AUGGCCGCGCGCGCGGGCGAGGCGCCGCCGAGGACGCGGGCGGACGCCGCGCGCGUGCUCGGACUCUCCGACGCCCCGGGUGUUGCGCUCACGGCGCGCGUCGUGCGAGAGGCGGCGAGACGGCGGGCGAUGGAAGCGCACCCGGACCGAGCGACCGGGUCGCGCGCGCGGUUCGCGAGCGUCAUGCGGGCGCGGGAGAUCUUGUUAGGGAGCGAGACGGGGGCGAGGGCGUCGACGGGGGUCGGCUGGGCGGAGAGCGCGGCGCGGCGAAGGGCGGAGAACGCGCUGCCGAAACACUUUCGCGCCUUCUUCGUCGCCACGGGGAUGGUGCUCCUCGGUGUGGGCACGUUCGUUCGACCGGGAGCGGAGUCGAGGAAGGCGAAGAGGAGUCCCAUGGUGCGGGGGGCGCUGGGUUUGCCUCCGGAGCGCGAGUCAGAGGGAUGA